AGAUGGACGUCAUAAUAAAAUGUUACAAUUAAGUCUAAUAUUAACUGCUGUGAAUAUCAAAAUUUAAAAAUUACUUCUCUUAAGUCUCGAAUACGUGACGUCACUUCAUUCUACUAUACAGAGUAAUGGCGGCUGACACUGAAAAACAGUGGCCCAUUCGAGAAGAUGGAUGUCUCAGUGUAGAUGUAAAUACAAGCCAUGUGAUCUACAAUUCGUCACUGAAUUCUGUUAUAUUAUCUAGUAGAGAUCAGUCAGUAACAAUAUUAGAUGCUCUUUCUGGUGCUUUUUUGCAAAAAUCGGACCUGUCUGGUAAGAUUCUGUUCAUUACUAGGAAGUCGAACUAAUAAAGCCCAAAUAAUAUAAAAAAGAGAAUAAGUUAGUUAGGCCAAAUAAUUGAGUAAUAAAGGGCUAAUUAGUUAUGCUAUAGGCCUACUAAUUAUUAAUCUAGCUGAAUGCAGAUUUAGUGUAUUAACUCAUCCUUAGCCAAUCUUUUGUAAUACGUUUCAGGUUUUAGGGUUAAAUUUAAGUUUAAGCCUUAAGCUACAAACAAGCACAAAAAAUCACUACUCACACUACUAACAGUAAUUUGGUAAAUGUGCUGUUAGCUGCAUGGUUUUUGCCAAGAGUUGAUUUUCCUAAGCCCAGUGACUACACUUUGGAGAAUCCCAACACUGGACUUAGGGUGACUAGACCAACAGUUGGACCUAACGAUGAGAAUGAUAACUUCCCAUUAUUCACUGAGCAUUAUUCGCGUCUCAAAAACAUAAUCGGACAAUAGAUACAGUGGUAUCCGCGCCAUGGCGUUUUCCCAUGGCCCCACCUUGGUUGACAUUAACUGUGACUUGUCAUGGACAUUAAGGUGGCGGCCAUGUAAAAAACAUGUCUGCUAAAAUGGGGAGUGGAGAGGGAGAGAAUGUGCUAUUUUGCAGCUUACAGAGAAAAAUAACAAUACAACAAAAAUGUUAAAAUUUUAUGAACAAAUUUCUGCCCAGUACAUUAGUUUUGUGGUGAACGUAGUUUGUGUUGAGCAUAUCAACUUUAUUGCAUCCAUCUAGACAUAUGGCAAGAAGUCUCAAUGACCUGCGGUCGCCCCUGACGUAAUUUCAUCCAAUACAUGCUCAGUUCCCUUGACUGAAAUUAUAACAUUUGCGGCUACAGUUACACACUGUAGUAAGAAAACUGUAAAAUGAAGAAAAACAAUACAAAAUAAUUUUAAAAUAAUGAAAACUCAAAUUACAAUUUCAUAUAGAAUACACUUAUACAUAUUUUAUUUCAUUUUCCACCAAAAAGAAAAUCCAAAAGUUGUCAGAAAAUCAAUAUAAUACAAUAAUUAAACCCAUUUUUUCCAAAAUGCUGGAGAAUUUAAAUAUUAUAAUUAACCAACAAAUGUAUUUUGAAUUAAAAACAUUCCAUUAUUAUAUUAAGGAAAAGUUAACUCUAGUAAAAACCCAAAGUAAUGAUAAACAAAAUGGAGAGAAUCCUACACAGACACAUAUCUAAUUAAAUAAAGCAACAUCUUAUGGUAUUUUUUAAAAUUCCUCAUUUAAUCAUAAUCAUCUUUUUCAUUUAUAAUGGGCUUUUUGCUCUAAAAAUGACAGUAUCAAAAAAUUCUCAAAGAUACUGUUUGUUUAUGAACAGUAUAAAUAUAAAUUUAUUUCAGAUGGCUGGUCAACAGAUUAACAGUGGUCCCCAAUUUUUUUAUUGUAAAGGGGCCUUUGAACAAACAUAUUUAAAGACCUUUCAAUUCAGAAAUAAUAAUAACUUUUCCUUCUUAGUAUAUUUAAAAGAAUUAUUCUUAACUUUUAAAUGACAACUUUCUAGUUUUUAAUUUCAGGAUAUGCUUAAAUUUGGAGCUGAUCUGUCUUGUUUGUUUUUUUUUCUAGAAAAGGGUCUGCCUUAAAGAAAAAUAAUUUCACAUUUUAUUGGGACAGAGUUCCUAAAGUUUAAAAACAAUAAUUUAUCAUUUUCAGGCCACAAAUGCGAUACUUUAGAUGUCAUCUAUCUUCCUGAAAAAGACAAAACUGUUUACUGCGACGGAUGUGCUAUAGGUGUCAGGGGAGAUUUUCAAGGCAUUCUUCUUUUGGACACUGCUUUGCAAACUCCAGUCAAUAAGCCAGAAGAUAUUGUAAAAAUUGAAUUACCAUUAGUUGAGGUAAUAAUACAUUAACUACACAUUUCCCUUAGCUAUAGACUUAAAGGGUGCAUUUGCUUCAAAAAUAAAAAAUGUAAAAUUAAUUAACAAAUCUACUUGGAAUUUAUUUCACUCAGAAUUAAUGGGACAACUCAGAAUAUCUUUCCUAUGUGCCAUGAUUUGUGUUUUAAUAAAAUGCAGUUGUAUCUGGCUCAACCUGUUAAUCUCAUAGUUUUUUUUGGUACUAUGUAAUGAAAUUAAUUUUUUGUACAAUGUAAUGAGAUAAACUGUAAAAUAACACAUUCUUAAAAAAAUCUUCAGGCAAUCCAGUUAAGGAAGACUUUGCUAUCAACUGAUCUCAGUGGGAAGGAGUUUGUGGAUGAUUUUGCUAAGGAAUUAACCCAUGGUAUUGAGAAAACUCAAGAUGCUACACAAGGAAAUCACAAAACUGCCAAGGUUGGCUUAACAUUUUUAUUUAACUCUGAUCAAUGCUGUUUCACUUUUAUUAGAAUCCUUUUGAGGAAAUUAAUUUUAUGCAAUUCACCGCUGUGAGCAAAGUAAAUAAAAAUGUCUGCAACUGAAUACACAAAGAAGGCGGCGGGAAAAGGUGCCUGCCCUUGCUUCAGCUGAACACUUUGAAACUCUGCCAUCACAAUAGGACAAGUGUCCAGGCUUUCUUCCGGCCUGACCCAUUCUCUUAGGAUUGGACUGAAAAUAUCUUAUGGUCUUAACUUUGCCCUCUCUUUACAUUUCCGUGAAGGCCACCCUUCAAACAGGACUUCAGUUGGCUUUUAUCCCUAGUGAGGCAUGCACAGAAUAAAAUGGGGGCACUAUAAUACCCCAACAAUAAAAUUUAUUUCUUUUUUUUUUAAUCAUGGAAGCGAUGCACUCAGCCCACACUUUAAAUCCAUAAACAGUUGCUGAAUUGGACUUUUGCUAUGAAUUUUAAUUUCUGCUUUUGAUUGGAUUUCCUAGCAUAAUGUAGAGACUGUUAUGAAGAGUUUGUAUUCUUUUUAUUACUUUAUUAUAAAAUACAUUUCUGUUAAAUGUUUUAAAAUUAUUUCUUUUACAGUGGGCAACAGUGUGCUUGCAAAUGCAGCAUCUUGUGCUUAAGUCAGUGUGCUCUUCUCUGCUGGAUGAGCUCACAAAGACCAAUCAAACUGGCCAGGGUUUCCCUGUGGCAUCAGCGCUUGUUGACAGGCUUGGAUUUUUGUUGCCUAUCACCAGAAUUGAGAUCAUGAAAGAACCAGUUAACAGGGCAUUAAUGUACAGUGAGGCAGCAAGAAGGGAGACCUUUGCUAACUGGCCACAUAUGAACUACAAGUAUGAUCUCAUUUAUUUACAGUGGUGUCACUCCGUAAAGUUCAAAAUAGAAUAAAAAUAGUUAUUAACUAAAAAAUUAUUGUGAUAAACUCCCCUUAAGCCAGUUUGUAGGGUCAUUAAGACUGGAAAAAUGAACAGGACCAAAUGACAUAGCUAGCUGCUGGCUCAGUUUGUAACAAAUUUUAUGUAACAUAUAUAUAUAAUUUUUCUAUUUAAUCAUAAAGGUGGGCCUUGCCAGAACCUAUGGCACAAGCAGGGUUUUUUCAUCAUCCAAAUCUGCAUGGUGAUGAUAGAGCCAUGUGUUUUACGUGCAAUGUAUGUCUAGUUUGUUGGGAGCCCACUGAUGAACCUUGGUGAGUAGAACAAAUUUCUAAUUUUUUUUUUGUUAUAUAAAUAUUUGAUUCCUUUUUUAAAAGAUGUUUUAAAAAAAAUUGUUUGUUAUUUUGACAGGUCUGAGCAUGAGCGUCACUCACAGUCAUGUCCAUACAUUAAAGGGGACUGUACCCAGAAUGUACCUUUAACUGUUACCUACGCUACCCAGCCUGCUCAAUUUCACGGGGAUGCUCAACAGGUAUCAGAGAAUGUCGUAUUAAACAUUUUGAUAUCAAUUUAAAAUAUAUUGUGGUGGUUAACCAUGAUUCUAUUCCAAUUAAUGUGUUCUUAACCUUAGGUCAUGAUGUGGUUUAAGAAAUACAUAUCUGUCAUUUAAGUUGAUCUAUUUUAUUUUAAGUUAGUUUUUAUAUUGAGACUUGUCAUUUUAAAGGGAAUAGAAGAACAAGGUAUGUUGAAGCUUAAAAUAGAAGGACAAUAAAAGAAGAAAGUUUUGGCUAAGAACCUCCUCAGCAGACAGGACAAAUAAAGAAAUAACAAGAAGUAGAAAGUAGUUAAAAAAUCGCCAUUUAUGCUGGAAGUUGGGUUUUUCAAAACCAACAUUACAGGAAGUAAAAUAAUUUAUGUAUUAUUACUGUGAAAAAUAAGAUUUCAACGCACAAAAAUAUUUCUAUUUCUUGUUAUUUCCUCAUUUGUCCUGCUGAAACGUUCUUUUAUUGUCUUUCUAUUUCAAGCUUUCACAUACCCGUUUUUCUAUACCCUUCAUUUAUUGUAAUUUUAAAGCUAGAUCAUCAUUUCCAUGCUUCCAGCAAAUUACGGACAUUAAGCCAAUCAUUGUUGCAAGUCAUGAAAUCUGGAUUAAUGACAAUGGAUUCAUUCCCAAGCCUCACAUAAAGCAUUUUCAAUACAGUCUUGCUUACUUUUUGCUACAUUUUCAGAAAAUUGCAUGUGUCAGUACAACACUGAAUGAAGAUUUCAUAGCAACAUCAACAAGGGAUGGAAACAUUGUAGUUUGGGACAUAAGUCACAUUCUUAAGGUAAAAUAGAUAACAUUUAUUAACUGUAAUGAAUUUGGUUAUAAAGCUUUUGUUUCUGUGAAAAGUUUUAUACCAUAAUUAAGCAUAACAAUAACAGUUUCAUAAUUCAACAUUCUUGGUUGGGUCUAUAUUGAUUCUUUUUUGUUGUUGUAUGUAUUUCAGAAGCACUGCCAGUUUGACAUUGAUCUCACUGAUACUUUGGUGGCCCUGAAGACUGGCCUACAAAUUGAACGUUUUCAAUCUCAUCAGCAGUCUCAUUUAGUAGCAUCAAAGUAAUUCAUUUUUUUUUUUUUUUUUUUUUUUUUAAAAAGAAGAAGAGCUCUAGAUUUGUAAUUUUAUAUAGUAAAACAAAGAAGGUCAAACAUGAAAAAAAGGAACGCAACAAAGCAAUGAACAUGUCGGGAGGAAGCCUUGUCAACAACAGAAAAAACGGAAUAAAAUUUCAAAAUAACACUUAGCUGAGAAAUAGUAUUUGAGAGGGCAGAAAAAGAAUUGUGCACAAUUAUGUUUUUUAUGUUGUUUGGCGGAGGCUUCAUGCUGACACGUUUGUUAUUUUGUUGUGUUCCUUUUUUUUUAGGUUUGAUCUUACUUUGUUUAACUCCUAUUUUGCUAGCCUGUUUGCAAACUCUCCCCCUAUUACCAUGUAAUUUUAUAUAGGUAAUUAUUAAUGCAUUGAUGUUUUUGAAUGCAUACCUUAUCAGUUCAUUCAAGAGCAACUUUUCUUUUUAAAAACAUGAAAACUUAACAUAAUUCAAAUUUUGAGAAUAUAAUGCAAUUCAGUCUUAUUUUGAAAAUUACAUCAAAUGUUACAAUUUCUGUAAAAUGUAUUGCACCUGCAUCAGGAGUAUAUUUUAUGUCUUAUUUUAGUGUUCCAAAUUAUUAUUUUUUAACUCAAAAAAAACAAAACAGCUUUAACAUUGUUAAAUUUAUAUAUAGCAUAAUUUUGUCUAAAUUAACCUUAAUCCAGAAAUGACCUGAAGGAUCAGGAGACAUUGUGUGAUGAAGAAGUCUGUAACAUCGCUCUUCAUGAGAGACACAGAGAAGGUAAGGGUUGCACUAUAUCUUUUAUGAAGAAAGUUAGUCCAAGUAUGGUUCAUUCUUCUAGCACAAAAUCACACCAUAGACAUUUAAUUUAUUGCACAGAAAAAUCGGUAAUGAUGCUUUUAACUAAAUUCCAUAAGUUAGGCUCAUGCUAUUUCUCAUAAAAGCAAUGUACUGAAUUCCCAUUUGUAUCAGAAACUACAGAGUCCGCUUUAGCAGUGUCAUUUUAUAAAGAGAAACAGCACACUGAUUUUGUUCCAACGAUUGUAUUUAUAAAAAAUAUAUAUGGCUUUAAGGCUGAGAUCCAGCAAACGGAAAUUACCCAUAAAUAUCAAUUAUUGAAUAAAAGUGUAAACAUAUAUAUUUUUCUUCGUUCUUAAAAAUCUUCGUUUAUUUAAUGUUUUACUUGAUCAGCUUAGCGCACUUAUGACAGCAACAAAAGUAAGAAAAACUACAACAUUAUUUGUUACUUAACGGAUAAAUAUUUGUAUUUUUAGAUAAACAAGCUGUGAAUGGAUCCCAUAGACCAUCAGAAGAUCUAUUUGUAACAUCUUUGUGUAUAGCAGAUGAAACAAAGUGGAGGGAGGACAUGAUUUCACCUAAUCCUUCAAAACCAUCUUCUGUUCAUGAUGCUCAGCUUUCACUUUUUUGUGGACUUUCUCUUCGGCAAACCAAAUCUCCUGAAAUGGGGGACGGGAAUGCACACAUUUGUCCUGAAGGGAGUGGUGUUUGCUGCAGUAAUAACUUGAAUGUUCAGUUAAUGAAUGAAGUGAAUGAGGCGGUGAGUAGUGAGUCUAGACUUAUAACAGACGGACAUUAUUCAACUGACUUUAUUAUGCCGGAAAGUCGCCUGACUCCCUACAUUAUUGUGAUUUCAUUAAUUGAAGAAGCUCGCUCUUCUAGUCGGGCGAGCCCUAAAAAAAAGAUACCUCAAUCACCAGUGAUGAGUAAGCCAUCUUUUGACAAAGAGGAUCUUUCAGCAUCUCCGAGCAUGUUGGGAAACACAACC